AUGCUGCGCAUCAACAUGCAUGGUCGUGUGCGCUGGAACUGCCAGGUUCCCAUUACUCAUUCUUACAUUAGAUUGUCUCCUUUCCUCGAGUCAGUGUCUACCGCCGGACUUUCGACCGUGCCACAGCAGCCAACCAUGCAUCCAAGAAGUCUAGAGCAAACUCUGCGGAGACUUAUCCGCAGCCACUUACCGUUUGCGCAUGUGCCAUGCUUCACCCAAGGGUCCACUCCACUCAUCCACCACACCUCAAGCCAAGCCAAAACCCCAGCACACCAACCCUGCCCGACCAUCACCAUCGCCCACCAAAUCACAAACUCUCCCCCAGACCCCAACUCUUUGGGGCCCAAACAGGCUGGGCGUUUUGAGAAUCUCACGGCAAUCAUCGGUCGCAGAACUGCGCCACUGUUAACAUUGACGUCAUACCCCCUCCCAAACUCAUCACCACAACCACAAUCAAAGCGACACGAAGCAAUCUCGACACCCUAUUUUCAUUCCUCAACAUUUCUGCAGACAUCGAGCCCUAACGCCUUGAUCUCAAAGAAGGCGGUCCAAUAUUGCAAAGACCAUGGCCGGAUGCGGUCAUCGAUCGACAAUGGAGCCUCGCUAGUCGACCGCGAACGUUUGACCCUCUGCCGCACUGCUGUAUUGGGUAGUCUGCGGAUGAGUUCUUCCGUAGCUGAAGACUUGGUUCCAGCGUAUCGUACUCUGGGUUUUGUGGUAUGCGGGGAUUGCGUUUGA